AUGAAGCAUAUGUUGCCGAUAAGCAAUUUGAAUAAAGGAGUCUAUGACCAAGGGAGUAAAGACCCCUACAACAUGACUGAAACUUUGUGGUUGGAAAUGGAGAAAUAUGAAACGAGACGCGGUUCUGGAACUACAGCUCUCAGUAGGACCAAUACUGCGUUUUCCCCUCUUCCCACAAAACCCAUCCCAUUGUUUGUUAUCCAUCAAUGGAGGAAUUACGUAUCCUUUUGUAGAUGGACUAUUGCACAGCGGAUUGAUUGGAGGGAGGUUUUUUCAUACCUGUGCAACCCCAAAACUGAGUCAACAAUGGAGACGAAUGCUUUGCAUAACAGUGGUGACGAGGGAAUGAACGAGGUGCUGUAUUCGAGGGAUGGUUUGUUCUCCCUGAGAGGAGAUUGUAGUAGCCGGGGUAGUAAAUCAUCAUUUUCAGGUUAUCUGGAUCCCGUAAACCUUUCUUUUGAAAAAUUAAAGCAUGAACUGGUCAUGGAUUGUACAAGCCGUUUUGGAACCCUUCCCAUUUGUGUGCAUCAGCAGCGUCUCCUCCGGUGGACCAAAAUGCUGAUACAGUGCGUGGUGUGGCGGUUACGGUACGCAUUUAAUGUAGUGACGGAGGGGAAAGGGGGAGUUGCUGUAUCUGAUGCGGAGCUACAAAGCUACAGAGUUGUUCUUACGAGAGGGCGCGAGGUCUUUGGUGCUGGCCCGUAUUUGCGUGAAUUGUGCAAACUUCUGGAUGCACACGGAGGCACACUGACUGAUUCCCUAGAUUUACCGACGAUUAAUAAAUCUCCGAGGGCCCCACCUGUAAAUGAUGAUCCCGUACUCAACAUGACACUUACAAUGGUAUUCGACCAGACAACUGCCUGCCCCGGUGUUUCAACAUAUUUUAUCCCGUCUUUGGCAGCUCGGAGCCUGGACGCACUGUGGGUGGAUAAGUUGCACAUACCUUGGGAUAUUUUGGACCCGAAGGAUAUGCCGGAGAAGGUUCGUACCCGGCUACUUGGACCCAUGACCACAAACGAAACGGCUUAUAUAGAUUUUUGUCCAGUGAAGAAUCGUGUGCAAGGGCAACUCCAUUCCACUACAUUUCAUUUGAUGUUUGAUGCUGAAGAUGUACGCGAAGGUGUUAGCGAAGGAGAGGACACGUGCAGGCCUAGGAUUGUGAUGGCAAUAAGUUCUCAGCGGGUGGAACUGCAUCAACUGAUCAGUGUAGUACGUUUGUUGGAAGCUGGAGGGUACGUCAUGCUCACAAAAAUUCGUCACUCCACUCAUUUGGAGUGCUACCGUGUUCUUCCAUUUCUUGGCGACUACAUUACUUUGAGAAACAUAGUGAAUAACGCAAUUCCGUGUACACUGGGAUCAGUCGCGGUUGGAGGUCCCGCGGCUGCGGGUGCAUUUCCGCAUAGUUCCAAUGUCUUGAAGAUGGCAGAUCUACUGUUAUUUGGACUUAGCAACGCCACGAGAAACCUUUAUGAGCAUAGUAUCGUUUGCUGUUUGCAAAAAUACAGGAAGAGGGCAACCGAUGGUCGGAUGACCAUUUGUAUGCAGCCCCUGUCUCCAGGAGCGGAAACAGGUGUGGUUUCCACAACAGUCUCGAAACCUUGUAUUUCUGUUCUUGAAACUGUUGUGGAGCCAACACUCGGCACGUUGCAACUUAUGUUAUCGAACGGGAGCUUAAAAUCGAGUGGAGGGGAAGACUUCGGUCAUUUUGUAUUGGAUAUGCUCGUCACGGCUGUUAAUAGCGCAAUAGCUCGCGUGAGCAGGCAGAUCAAGAGCAAUUCUGGUACUGGAGGGCAGUUACGUAGUGACCACGCCCUGUUGAGAAGGUACAUCAACAUGCAUCCGGCAUCCACCCAACUCCAAGAAAGCAAUAUAUCAUAG